CCUGCAGGGAGGUGGUUAGACUGGAGCCUGCAGGGGAGGUGGUUAGACUGGAGCCUGCAGGGGAGGUGGUUAGACUGGAGCCUGCAGAGGUGGAGGAGGUUAGACUGGAGCCUGCAGAGGUGGUUAGUCUGGAGGUGGAGCCUGCAGAGGUGGAGGUGGUUAGACUGGAGCCUGUGGAGGUGGUUAGACUGGAGCCUGUGGAGGUGGUUAGACUGGAGCCUGUGGAGGUGGUUAGACUGGAGGUGGAGGAGGUUAGACUGGAGCCUGCAGAGGAGGAGGUGGAGGAGGUUAGACUGGAGCCUGCAGAGGAGGAGGUGGAGGUGGUUAGACUGGAGCCUGCAGAGGUGGAGGUGGUUAGACUGGAGCCUGCAGAGGAGGAGGUGGAGGUGGUUAGACUGGAGCCUGCAGAGGAGGAGGUGGAGGUGGUUAGACUGGAGCCUGCAGAGGAGGAGGUGGAGGUGGUUAGACUGGAGCCUGCAGAGGAGGAGGUGGAGGUGGUUAGACUGGAGCCUGUAGAGGAGGUGGAGGUGGUUAGACUGGAGCCUGCGGAGGAGGAGAUGGUUAGACUGGAGCCUGCGGAGGAGGAGAUGUUUAGACUGGAGCCUGUGGAGGUGGUUAGACUGGAGCCUGCGGAGGAGGAGGUGGUUAGGCUGGAGCCUGCGGAGGAGGAGGUGGUUAGGCUGGAGCCAGAGGGAGACAUCCUGUCUGCUGUGGAAGAACCAACCUUUGAGUCAAGUCUACAGGCUGACACCUGUCUGGCUUCCCCCAGCCACCUUAUAACCAGUCAGGUGUCUGCCUCAAAGCAGCCAUUGGGAAUGUUGAGGUUACCUCAGAAGAAAGAGUCUGAGGAAUGUAAACUCAGCAGGAGCAACACCGCAGAAAUUAACCAGCUGGUGUCAGGUCUCAUCACUGAUGUGGUCUCCGCAGCAGUGAAUCAAUUCCUGAAGGAAAAGACCCAGCUAGGACAUAGUGUUAGUCCUCUCCGUAGCGGGGACCUCUGCAAAGCCCCAGACCACAUCUCAAUGGAUAACAGUGAACCUGAGCAUGAGAUGCCACCUCUAUUCCAAGAGGAUCCGUGUUCAACAACCGGCAGAGAGAACAUCAAUUCAUCUCCUAUAGUUCAGGAGGACGUGAAACACGACCACAGCAGUAGAGCUGAGAUUGAGACGGAGAAGAUCGAGCCAGCAGAAGAUUCUGCAGUAGGUGAUUUUGGAUCCAGCGCUGGUCAGACCGAAAAGGUCUCCAGUGGCAAGGAGUUGAGCACCAGUAUGAGCCCGCAACCACCCAGAGGACCUGCUGAAGGACUGGGGGCCACCAGCAUGUUCCUCACUAACGGUUGGUGGAUGGCGAAUGUUACAGGCUCUGGUGUGAACAGCAUGGACUGUGUCGACGGUUACUGUCAACAUGAAGCCAGGGACAACAAGCAUAGCAGUCCCAGUCUACCAAGUCAGCUACUGAACACCAAUCAGGCAAUUGAAAAAUACAACCAAAGUCACAGUCCGUCUGUUUGGGAGAUAGAGGUGCCAAAGCAUUUUGUUGGUAGAUUGAUUGGGAAGAAGGGGCGACAUGUGAACUACCUGAAGGAGACGUCUGGAGCUAAGGUCUUCAUCACCGUCCUACCUUACACCCAGGAGUUCCAGAUCUGCCACAUAGAGGGUUCAGAGGAACAGGUGGAUUGUGCUCUGGAGCUGAUCAGGAAAAAGUUCAAAGAUCUAGAUGUGACCAACUGUUACGUCCAACCUCCAGUGGCCAGCCUUCCCUCUCUCUCCAUCACAUCCUGGCUGCUGCUUCCCCAUAGGGUUACAGUUGAGGUAACGGUGAUCCAGGUAGCAUCUGGGAACUGUGUGUUCCUCCAGCAGCACAAACACCCCACCUUCCAUGCUCUCUGCAGUCUGGACCAAAAUAUGAGCCUGUGCUACUCUCACCCAGGGUGCCCUCCCCUGCCGGCCCCAGUGGUAGGUAGGCAUGCACAGCCAGGGUGCCCUCCCCUGCCGGCCCCAGUGGUAGGUAGGCAUGCACAGCCAGGGUGCCCUCCCCUGCCGGCCCCAGUGGAAGGUAGGCAUGCACAGCCAGGGUGCCCUCCCCUGCCGGCCCCAGUGGAAGGUAGGCAUGCACAGCCAGGGUGCCCUCCCCUGCCGGCCCCAGUGGAAGGUAGGCAUGCACAGCCAGGGUGCCCUCCCCUGCCGGCCCCAGUGGAAGUUGGAGUGAUCUGUGCUGCCCAGAUGCCUGAGGGAGCCUGGUGGAGAGCGCAGGUGAUGGGUCACCAUGAAGAAACCAUGGUGGAACUCCGCUAUGUGGACUAUGGAGGCUAUGAUAUAGUGCAGAUGGACACCCUCUGCCAGAUCAGAUCUGACUUCGUUGCGUUGCCGUUCCAGGGGUCUGAGGUGAUCCUGGAAAAUAUUGCACCCAUUCCAGAUUUUUCAGCUGCAGCCAAAUCUGCCCUGGAGGAGAUGACACGAGGAUUGGCACUACUUGCACAGGUCACAAACUGUCACACCAGUGGCAUUCCUUUGGUACAGAUAUGGAGAACAGAAGGAGAAGAGUUGGUGUCUGUGAACCGUGCUAUGGUGGAUAAUGGACUGUGCACCUGGGUAGACAGCCCCUGACCGUGACGCGCAAUCCUGGCUGUUCAGAUAGUUUUAAUACCUCCUUCCUCCCUUGUGAGGUAAGCACAGAUCUAUAAGUGAUUGGAUAGGUGUAAGUUUACCACCCUAUUUCUUUCACCAAUCCAGAUCUGUGAUUACCUCACAGUAGCUAGGAAGGAACAAUGGAUUUCUGAAGUAUUCAAACAGGGCCCUUGUCUUUCACCUUUCUACCCCCUCAGUCCCACCUCUGGACUACUGCCUUGAUGGCAUAACAAUGUUGUCCUGCAGCACAACGUCUUCCUGCUCAACUCCACCAUUAUACUCGUUUCUUUACAGCCAUGUACACACAAUCCAAGUUAUUUUGUGAAGUUUUAUUUACUCCCCCCCGGUCCUAUAAAUGUUUGUAUUGGACACAUAAUGUAAUCAUAAUUAACGAUCUCACUUAACCCCCACACACACUGAAUACUAUUUUGUUUUUAAUGUAUACAUUUCUAUUAAACUAAAUAAAGAUCAACUGUCCUUACGGACGUCUCCUCUUUGGUCGUAACCACAGAUGUACAGUAUAGCUACCGUCUGAAAAUGUAUUGGCUUCAAUCAGGAAGUAUUAAAUGAAGGAAUAUUGCGUACAUUUUGUUGGAUGAUACACACAUUUAGGAUCCUUUUGUGUAUUGACCUAAAGGUCCAAUCCCUAAAUAUAUGGCUCUGCAGAAAACAUUUUUGCUUUGUCAGCCAGUGCCUGAUCCUCUCACUGAGUGUUUUUCUUCUUUUGAAGGGAGAGCUUGAGUAUUUUCAUUUCUCUGAUUUGUUGUAAGUAGUUUGAUGUAGAGGAUGUUUUACAAAAAAGGGUCAUGGUGGAAUGAGUAUCAAGAUUGUAGUGAAUCCAGUAGAUGGCACCGAAUGCUUAGUUUUUGCAAUUCCUGUUAGUCAAGCACUAGGCAGGGGGAGUGUAACGAAUACAGAGAGAACCUGCUUUCUUGAUGAGCACUCAAAUGUUUCAAUCAAUUCACAGAUGAAUCUGUAAUGAAUGAGCUUGUAUGCAUUUUGGUUUGACUGCUAAAUGUUAUAUAAACUCUCCGUAAUUAAAGUUCAAACAUUGUUAACUUGAGGCAACUUGGGCUGUUUACAGGCAGAUAAAUUCUAUUUUUUUUCACUAAUUGGUCUUUUGACCAAUCAGAUCAGCUUUUGAAAAAGGUCUAUUGUGAAAAGGGAUGAUGUAAUUGGUCAAAAGACCAAUUAGUGGAACAAAAUAUCAGAAUAGGCCUGCUUGUUUGAACAGCCUUGGUAGGCCUAUCAUUCCAGGCAGCUGAAGACUUUGGGUAGUUCAUCUACCCAGGUGUUGCUGACGCAUGCAAAAUCUUACGAUCCCUGGAUAGGUAUUUCAACUACCCACAUGUUUUACCGGGGGGGCUAAUUGCAUUUUUAACUGAUUGUUGGAGUCCGGUAUGUUUGAUGUCACGCUUUUGCCCCAGCUAUCAGGCCCCCGAGGACUGGAGUUGCCCAGGCCUGUUAUACUGUAGCAUGUCAGUCGAUGGUUGACACGUGCAAUGUCUGAGCAGGGGACCGCGACCGUAAUGUUAUUUUCUAGCAAACUACUCAUUCAGCUGAAAUUAGAAUGAAACACUUGUAGGACCAAAUUAGAACCAUUCUGAUUGAAUACUGUAUACAGGAAAUCAUGUCUGUGAUGAAGGAAAACAUAAAAUAUUUGUUUUAUCCAAUUGUCUAGAUUCAUCCCCAUCUUUGAGUUUAACACAGUAAAAUAUUUUCGGUUUAAGAUGCAGUAUAUCAGAUGUGUUAGCUGCCUCUUUGCCUUUUCGUCAUGUUAUAACCAAAUUCUACAACUCCUAGUAUUUACCAUCUAACCAGUUUUUUUUGUGAUGUUCAUUCCUUUUUGUUUAUAUUUAAAGGGUUGUUUCACCCCAAAGCCAUUGUCAUAUGAGUUGCAGCUGUAUAUAAAUGUGUGAAGUCUAUUAUAUACAAGUGGUAAUUUAUCAUGAACUGCCAGAUUUGUGAA